AUGCAUCGUCAGUCUGUUUUACGACUGGCUCGCCAGUCCGGGGCUUUCCCGCUGGCCGAAUUGCCCCCUCCUUACCUCGCCCCGUCUCUCCAUUUCUCCAUGAACCGGUCGACCGUUCAGUGCUCGAACUUUUCUUCCACCGCCGCUGUCGCCGCUGGCCGUGGUGAUCUCAACAAAGUCCGCGCCGUGUCCGCUAUUCACCGCACUGGCCCCAAGUACCGAUUGGGCGUGUCCAAAUACCCAUUGCCUAAGCCAGUUUCCCCAGACGCUCUCCCGAAGCGCAAUGCCACACCAGACCAUGGACUCUGGGGUUUCUUCCCCACGGACCGGACCGCUUUGAGCACGCCGACAUACGACAUUGAAUGCGGCCGCUCGUGGUCGAUUCAGGAACUCCGUGAGAAGUCAUGGGACGAUCUCCAUUCCCUGUGGUGGGUCUGCGUCAAGGAGCGCAAUCGCAUAGCUACGAGCGAUAUGGAAAGGAAGAGACUGAAGGCUGGUUAUGGAGAGUGGGAAUCCACUGAGCGGGAUCGUGUGAUCCGCGUCACGCAAAACGGCAUCAAGCACGUACUUCGGGAAAGAUGGUACGCCUGGGAGGAGGCCCAGCGUCUCUACAGAAAGGGCUACCGGCCCCAGGAGGAUAGCCAGGAGUAA